UCCAGUUACACAGUCGCAGCACACAUCUUCGGUCCAUCGUUUGGCUUGUUACGAUUCUCCUGCCAUAAGCAGCCGUAUUCCAGCACGUUGUUUUUUUUGGAGGGGGUGGGGGCUUUGUCUGUCAUUGUGUUUGUUGAUUUCUGUGUAGUCUGCUAUAAUAUAAUAUCAGCAUAAAGGUCGGGAGGCCGAGACCAUGGAGUUCCUUCCUCCACCUGAAUGCCCGGUGUUCGAGCCCACUCAAGAGGAAUUCGCUGACCCCUUCGCUUUUAUUAAUAAAAUCCGACCGAUCGCGGAGCAAUGCGGGAUAUGUAAAGUUCGCCCACCGCCGAACUGGCAGCCUCCGUUUGCAUGUGAUGUAGAUAAACUUCAUUUUACUCCAAGAAUCCAAAGAUUAAAUGAACUGGAGGCUCAGACUAGGGUAAAGUUAAAUUUCUUGGACCAGAUUGCCAGAUUUUGGGAGUUGCAAGGAUGUACUUUGAAAAUUCCUCAUGUUGAACGGAAGUUGCUAGAUUUAUUUCAGCUAAACAAGUUGGUUGUUGAAGAAGGAGGCUUUGAAGUAGUUUGCAGGGAUAGGAAAUGGACUAAAAUCGCAACAAGAAUGGGCUUUGCUGCAGGAAAAGCAGUAGGGUCCCAUAUCAGAGGCCACUUUGAACGCAUUCUUCACCCAUUUAACAUGUUCCAAUCUGGUACCAACUUGCUGGCUCCAGAUUCAUGCGGAAAACAAUUUGAUAUCUUGGAUGAUACGGAAGUGGAAAAGAAGCAUGGUCUUAUGACUCCCUAUGUCAAGGACAAAGAAUACAUACCUCAUGAUAUCUUACAGAGACAGUCUGUCUUGCUGUCAGAAAAAUGCACCCCAGCCAGAAGGGCAAAACGCAUGAAAGCUGAGUCUGCUACCAUUAAAACUGAGGAGGGAACAGCCACUGAGCUAAGGACACGUACACUGCGCCGUAGGAUGGGAUCAACACCGUUUAGACAAGAAAAACCAGAAACACAAGGGAUUGUGAAAGAGGAGCAAGCAGAAUAUGUGGUUGAGAAGGCAAAAGUUCGUUCAAAUAAAUCAAAAAGCCCUGUGGAUUUAUAUGUAUGUCUUAUCUGUGGGAGUGGUAGUGAUGAGGACCGUCUUCUUUUGUGUGAUGGAUGCGAUGAUAGUUAUCAUACAUUUUGCCUCAUUCCCCCACUUCAUGAUGUUCCGAAAGGAGAUUGGAGAUGUCCAAAAUGUUUGGCACAGGAAUGCAGAAAACCUCAGGAAGCAUUUGGGUUUGAACAGGCGUCAAGAGAUUACACUCUACAUAUGUUUGGAGAGAUGGCUGAUAACUUCAAGUCUGAUUAUUUCAACAUGCCUGUGCAUAUGGUACCCACAGAGCUAGUAGAGAAGGAGUUCUGGCGUCUUGUAUGCACUAUAGAGGAAGAUGUGACUGUUGAAUAUGGAGCUGAUAUUGCCUCUAAAGAAUUUGGAAGUGGAUUUCCUGUACGAGAUGGCAAAUUUAUUGUAAAACCUGAAGAAGAGGAAUACCUAGACUGUGGCUGGAAUCUGAACAAUAUGCCUGUGAUGGAGCCCUCUGUCUUAGGCCACAUUACAGCUGAUAUAUGUGGAAUGAAGUUGCCAUGGCUUUAUGUGGGGAUGUGCUUCUCGUCGUUUUGCUGGCACAUUGAAGAUCACUGGAGCUACUCCAUUAACUAUCUGCACUGGGGUGAGCCAAAGACUUGGUAUGGAGCACCUGGAUAUGCUGCAGAACAGCUGGAAGAUGUGAUGAGGGAACUUGCACCAGAACUAUUCCUUUCACAACCUGACCUCCUCCAUCAACUAGUUACCAUCAUGAAUCCCAAUACUCUGAUGGCACAUGGUGUGCCGAUUUAUCGUACUAACCAAUGUGCUGGAGAAUUUGUGAUAACGUUUCCUCGUGCUUAUCACAGUGGAUUUAACCAAGGCUUCAACUUUGCAGAGGCUGUAAAUUUUUGUACAGUUGAUUGGCUGCCUCUUGGACGCCAGUGUGUGGACCAUUAUCGAGCCUUAAACCGAUACUGUGUGUUUUCUCACGAUGAAAUGAUCUGUAAGAUAGCUGCCAAGGCAGAACACCUGGAUGUGAUACUUGCAUCAUCUGUUCAAAAGGAUCUGGCUGUGAUUAUUGAGCAGGAGAGGCUCCUUCGGGAGGCUGCCAGAAAAAUGGGGGUGGUGGAUUCUGAAAAAAUUUACCUGGAGCUCUUAGCAGAUGAUGAGCGUCAAUGUGUGAAGUGUAAAACCACUUGCUUCCUAUCUGCAGUAUAUUGUUCCUGUAACCCUGGGACCAUUGUUUGCCUGCACCAUGUGCUGGAACUGUGCACUUGUGCACCCAACAAAUAUAAGAUGGGUUACCGUUACACUUUGGAUGACUUGUAUCCCAUAUUGAAUGCUGUGCAGCUACGAGCAGAAUCUUAUGAUAGUUGGGCAUCAGAGGUUAUUGAUGCACUCAAGAACUCCGGCAAAAAAAAGGGCCUAUCAUCUCUUCAUCUGCUUGUAGAGGAAUCCAAAGCAAAACAUUUCCCGGAUAAUGACCUCCUGCAUCACUUGCAAGAAGUUGUGCAGGAUGCAGAACGAUAUGGAGCACUUGCUCAGCAGCUGCUAAAUGGGAAGCGGCACACAAGAUUUCGGUCAGGAGGUGGAAAAUCAUCAAACCAACUCACUGUUGCAGAAUUCAGGUCCUUUGUAAAGCAGCUUAAUUCUUUUCCUUGUAUUAUCAACCAAGCACCUCAACUCAAGGAUCUACAAACACGUGUCGAUGAGUUCCAGUUGCGUAGCCACAUAUUGCUGACUGCCGAGAUGCCGCGAGCAAGUGAUCUGCAGCAGCUUCUUGACUCCAGUUUCCAGUUUGACCUUGACUUACCAUUGGAAAAACUUUGGGAACGUUUGGAGCAGGCACGCUGGCUUGAAGAACAAGAGCAUGCAUGGCAGGAGCCAGGAUCGCUUACAGUGGAUGUUAUGAGGAGGCUUAUUGAUUUGGGAGUAGGGCUGACACCUCAUCCACUUGUGGAGAAGGCAAUGGCUAAGCUACAAGAGAUGCUCACAAUGUGUGAGCAUUGGGAUGACCGUUGUAAAAGUUUGCUUAAAGCCAGACCACGAAAUCCACUCAGCUACUUGACAGCUACACUGCUAGAAGUGGAGAAAAUCACAGCGUUUUUGCCUAGUGCCGAGUUACUAAAAGAUGCUGUGCAAAGGGCUCAAGAAUGGUUGCAGAAAGUGGAUACACUGCAGGCUGGAUGUAAAGUUCCUGUGCUGGACACUUUGGUGGAGUUGGUGACUCAAGGUCGUGCAAUUCCUGUUGAUUUAGACCCUUUGCCGAGGCUUGAAUCCCUGGUGGAAGAAAUACAUGCAUGGACUGAUUGUGCAACCAAUACCUUUUUAACACCAAAUUCACCAUACUGUCUGCUUGAGGUACUUUGUCCUCGUUGUGAUUUUAGAACAUUUUCUUUAAAAAGAAAAAUAAGGAAGAUAAAGGAUUUGACCAGUAAUGGAGGGAGAAAAAAAUAUUCAAAACCAGAUGAACUGAAGCAGCUAGAGAGAGCUCUGAAUGAAAACAGUGAUACUGCCAGUGCAAUGCCCACCUUGGAUCAGGCCCGAUUGCACGAAAUGGAAUCUUUGCAUGCCUUGCGGGUUUGUAAUGAAAACAGACUUCAUUUCAACAAGGAUCAAACUGAUUGGAAGGUGUGUUUAUGCCAAGGGCCCCCUGUGGCUCCUAUGAUCCAAUGUGAGUUGUGCCGUGCCUGCUUCCAUCUUAACUGCAUCACAACCUCUCCACAUGGACCAAAGGUCUGGCUGUGCCCUCAAUGCCAUCGCUCAAAGAAACCUCCGCUGGAGAAAAUCCUGCCUCUACUGGCAUCUUUACAACGUUUGCGUGUACGGUUACCUGAGGGAGAUGCUCUGCGUUACUUAAUAGAGAGAACGGUCAACUGGCAACAUCGGGCCCAAUAUAUGUUAUCAUCUGGCAAUCUUAAACCGGUGCAAGAGAAGGUCAGAUCGAGCCACUUGUACAACAAGUGGCAAGCAACAGCUGGGCAAAUGGAAGAAACGGACAAAGUGUCACAGAAUGUUGGAGCCACUUCAUUUUCUUUACCGCAUGAGUGGGACAACAGAACUAUUUAUGUCCAGUCUCCCUUUUCUUCUGGACGAAACUGCAUCCCCCUGACCUGUUUAACUUCUGAACUAGAUGAGUUACUGAUGGAAGCUCAAAUUCUACAAGUAUCACUUCCUGAAGUCCAGGAGCUUUAUCAGGCCAUCCUUACACAACCUAAUCACUCAGUGGCAGAGAGUAUCAUUCCUGUCUCUGCUGUUGGUUUUGAAAAUGGAAGCACAAAACAGCAAGGCAUAGAAAGGAACCUAGCACAGUGUGAGGUUUUAAACUACAUAACAAAGAAAGCUGACCACACAGUUCGGAAGUUGAAGAGACAUUACAGAGGCUCAGAGGUUAGAAUGAAGAGGGCAUCUUCAUCACGCAAAAAAAGGGUGACUGUAGUACAAUCAACAGACUUGUGUAGCCGAGAACCACAAUCAGAGGACACCAUUAACUGUGACUCGCUUUGCUUCUUUACAUCCGAGUCUGAUGAUGACAAUGCAGUUUGUCCAGCAGAACAGUGCUUCGAACCUGAAGGAGAUGAGGUUGAUUGGGUACAGUGUGAUGGAAGUUGCAAUCGCUGGUUCCACCAGGUCUGUGUUGGAAUCUCUGCAGAAACAGCUGAGAGAGAAGAUUACAUGUGUGCCUGCUGCAAUGAAAAAGUUGCAGCUGCUAGCAAAUAAGAGCCGUUGUUUCUUGCCACCUAGAUAUUCAGGUCUAUCAGAUAUUCUUCAGGGCUCAUGUCCUUGCCUUUAAACAAUCAUGUUUCCUUUACAUGCAUUUUUGGUGAAAACAACCAAUUCAAGAUGAAAAGUUGUGAACACUCAGGUUUUUUUGUUUGGUUUUGUUUUGUUUUUUUAACUGCAUCUUUUACUAUUUGGAACUUCAAUAACAAUCAAUUUGAUGUAUAUUGUUUGUCUGAGGAAACAUGUUGGAGCCUAAAUGUGGAUAAAAUAAAUGAAAUAGGAUCUCCAUUAAGUCACCAACCAUCCUGAGAUCCCAUCCCGGCUUUCCCUAAAACAGCACAUUUUUUGGUUCCCCGUAGAACAAUUUAUAUGAGCAAUAACUUUAUUUAAUUUUUUUAAUAUUCCUCCGUUUGAAUGCAGAUCGCAAAUGGUUUUUUUAAAUGCUCUUCUUCCAGAGGGAAAAUGUGUAGUAGCAUUCGUUUGUAGGUGCUUGGAGCAGCCAGCAUGUUAAACAGAGCUGUAUAUCAGCUUACUUUUGCAUUUCUAAAAAUCAGUACAUGUUUGUCUUCGUUUUUAUUGUAGCAAAUUUUGAAGUUUACACUGUGGAAUAAAAUUACCUGAUUAAAAUAUA